ACUACUCACUAAUGCAGUCAACCCGUCGAUUGCCGAGUCAUGGAUAGGCUUGUUUUCUGAAUGGUCUCCUCUAACACGCACGGAGCAAGGACAACAGCAUGAGUGCACGCAGACAGUGCUGUGUCACGUUAUGUUGUUGUAACUAUUUAGGUUAACGUUAUGUGUUAGACGACUCAAGCUAAAACAGCUCAGUGUUGUUGUUGUUGUUGUUGUUGUUGUUGUGGAGCUGCUAGCUUCUCUGGAGUAACCUCUGUCACUGACCGGGCAAAAAAACAACAAAGCUGCAGCCAUGCUGUUCAUGCACAGCUACUGCGAAGCCAACUCCUCCAUCUCCCACACCUGGGUGGAUGAAGGCAUUGCCCCCUGCUUCUACUUCACACUCGUCCCCGCCGUCCUCCUCACCGUCGCCUUCUUCCUCGGCACCCUCCACUGCAUGUUCUACAAGAAAUACGGCACGGCGAUGGAGCCCAAGUUCAUCCCGCGCUCGUGCCUCUACGGCUUCCAGCUGGUCGUCUCCGUCCUUCUCCUGGUCCAGUUUCUUGGUGGGAUGGCGUGGCGAGCUGCUGGUGGAGGGGAGCUCCCGGGCUAUGUGGUGUUGUACGGCCUCUUCUCUGCACUGGCCUGGGUGUGGGCUAUAGCCCUGCUCAGGGUGGAGAGGCGUCGGGUCCUGGUGAUGGACCGGACGAGGGGCCACAGCGCGGCACUGCUGCUGUUCUGGGCCCUGGCUUUCUCAGCUGAGAACUUGGCCUUCAUCUCCUGGUAUAGCCCUCACUGGUGGUGGGGCUUGGAGAACGGUCAUCAACAGGUGCAGUUUGGCCUGUGGCUGCUGCGCUACACCGGCACCGGGCUGCUCUUCUUCAUCGGUCUCAAAGCUCCCGGGUUGCCGCGGAGACCGUAUAUGCUACUGAUUAACGAAGAUGAACGCGACGUGGAGCAGAGCAGACAGAGCCUUUUGGCCAGCACAGAACAGAACCAGUCAACCUGGCAGGGUUUCAGGAAGAAAGUCCGACUGCUUAUUCCCUACAUGUGGCCCCACGGCAACGUCUUCCUCCAGCUGCUGGUCGUCUUCUGUUUGGGGUUGCUCGGAGUCGAAAGAGUGAUUAACGUCUUUGUGCCCAUUUACUACAAGAAUAUCGUGAAUGAACUGACUGAUGGCAGCACCUGGCACACUCUGGCUAUCACAGUGCUUAUUUAUGUCCUGCUUAAGUUCCUGCAGGGCGGCGGGUCAGGCACCUCGGGGUUCGUCAGUAACCUCCGCUCUUUCACGUGGAUCCGGGUGCAGCAGUACACCAACCGCGUGGUUCAAGUGCGCCUCUUCUCCCACCUGCACUCGCUCUCCCUUCGCUGGCACCUGGGCCGCAAAACCGGCGAAGUGCUGAGAAGCAUCGACCGCGGCACCUCCUCCAUCAACAGCCUGCUCAGCUACAUCGUGUUUAACAUCUUCCCAACAAUCGCUGACAUUAUCAUUUCUAUCAUCUACUUCAUCACUUAUUUCAACGCCUGGUUCGGCCUCAUUAUCUUCGUCUGCAUGACCCUGUACCUCACUCUGACCAUCAUCAUCACUGAAUGGAGAACCAAGUACAGACGAGACAUGAAUCAGCAGGACAACAACGCCAAGGCCAAGGCCGUGGACUCCUUGUUAAACUUUGAGACGGUAAAGUACUACAACGCAGAGAACUACGAGGUCAGCCGUUUUGAGGAUGCCAUCUUAAAAUAUCAGGCAUCAGAGUGGAAGACCCAGGCGUCGCUGGCCUUGCUCAACCAAACACAGAACCUCAUCAUCGGAUUAGGCCUGAUGGCCGGCUCCCUGCUCUGUGCCUACUUUGUGACCGAACAUAGGUUCCAUGUUGGAGAUUUUGUUCUCUUUGGUACCUACAUCAUCCAGCUGUACACCCCGCUCAACUGGUUUGGAACCUACUACAGAAUGAUCCAGAAUUCUUUCAUCGACAUGGAGAACAUGUUCACACUCUUUGAAGAAGAGGCAGAGGUGAAAGAUGAAGUGAAUGCUGGGAAUUUUCCCUACAAAGCGGGAAAAGUGGAGUUUGAGAACGUUUACUUCAGCUACGUAGAAGGGAAGGAGAUUCUCAAGGAUGUUUCUUUCACCGUACUUCCGGGACAGACAGUUGCCCUGGUGGGACCAUCGGGCUCUGGCAAGAGCACCAUCAUUCGACUCAUCUUCCGUUUCUAUGACGUUCAGGGAGGCUGCAUCAGCAUCGAUGGCCAGGAUAUAUCAAAAGUGAAGCAGACCUCUCUGCGAGCUCACAUCGGCGUGGUUCCCCAGGAUACGGUGCUUUUCAACGACACCAUCCAGAACAACAUUCGCUACGGACGCAUCACCGCCAGUGACCGGGAGGUGGAGGAGGCCGCUAUAGCUGCUGAUAUCCAUGAGAAGAUCGUGGCCUUCCCUGAUGGUUAUGAUACGCAGGUGGGUGAAAGAGGUCUAAAGCUGAGUGGAGGAGAGAAGCAAAGGGUGGCUAUCGCCAGAACUAUCCUCAAAGCGCCACAGAUCAUCCUGCUGGAUGAGGCCACAUCUGCACUAGACACACAGACAGAACGCAACAUCCAGGCCUCGUUGACUAAAGUCUGCGCCAAUCGUACAACAAUUGUUGUAGCUCACAGGUUGUCCACUAUAAUCGGAGCAGACCAGAUUCUGGUUAUCAACGAGGGCCGGAUUGCAGAGCGAGGACGACAUGACGAGUUGCUCCUCAAGGGAGGCCUGUAUGCAGACAUGUGGAUGAAUCAACAGCAGGCCCAGGACGCAGAUUCCUCGUCGGAGACAGAAUCCAAAGACCGCACGUCUGAGAAACUGCAGCCUCCGUCAACCUCCUCAGGACACCACAGCCACUGAAUGUCAUUUUUGUUUUUUUUGCCUUGUUUGAACUCCACUGUUUGAUGCAGCUCUUGAUUGUAAGUUGAUUUUAAUGAUGUGCAAACACUCAAAAGACAUGAAGGUAUUUUUUCUGAUUAUGCCCUUUAAGUUCUUUAUGUAAGGACAGGAGCAAAAUAUCAGAUUAUUACAACAUCAUAGGUAACAGACAUUUACUGAAAUAAUUAUAUUUUAAAUCAUAAUCAUUAUUCAUUUAUUUUAGCACCUGAACUAGUUGUGAGGAUAUUAUUACUUCAUGUCUUUAUUUUAAAUGUUAAACACUGACUUUUGUUAGUUUGUGCUGUCUGUUCCACUGCAACAGAUGAAACUUUAUUCUUUGUUUUUUUUUAUCUAUCUGACGUAAAUUAUUUAAAGAAACAAAAAGGAAACUUGCAGGAAAUAAGACAAUAAACACUCUACAAUCACAGCCUCAGCACUGCAUCUUGUUGAGACUUAUUCAGCUCUGUUUCAGUUUGUUUUUUUGUAAGAUUUUAGUCGUCGAUUCAUGAGCUCUGCUUUUAUAAACGUGUAAGCCCCUGCAGACUUUUGAUCACUGGGGAUGUGCUGCUCGUCUGUGUUUUCUGAAUUGUUACGAAAGAUGAAUAUGCCACAGUUCACAGUGCAAAUGUUUUGUGUGUGUAAAUGUAAAACUGUCUGAUUAAAUAUGAAUUUGUACGAUCUGUGCUUGCUUGUCGGCAGAGAAAUCUACUAUUUCAUGUCAGAACGGCUGCUGCUGUGAAAAAAGGUCGAUUAAAUCCGUGCAGCAAGUAAAAAUCUAACACAGGUGUUACCAGUGAUGGUAAUCAAGGUUUAGUUCAUUGCAGCAGAGCCUUAAUUGGUUUCACUGGUAACACCUGUGUUUACACUACUAUUACAUGUCAAACUGGCUGCUGCUGUAAAAAAAGAAAAAAGGUCUAUUGAGCCAAUUUUAUUAUUAGAUCUAUGUAUUUGCUGCAAUAUCUGCCAUGUAAAAGUAAAAUUAAAGGUCCAGUGUGUAAGA